AGAGGAUGAUGCUGAACAAGAGAUAAGGAAUAUAAAGAAACGAAAUGAUGUAUUUUUAAAAUAUUAUUAUUUAACAUUUCUGCCUGCUGGUACUAUGUUAGAUGAAGCAUAGAAAUCACAAAUAACUUUUCUUUCUUAAAUUGUCGGGCAGAGUCACAAUGAUAAUGUGGGAGAAAACUAUGAGUCAUUGGAUGGAGACUAAAUCGAAUGCAAUAAUACAAAACUACGCCAAGUAAAUGACAGAACUCUCUCUUUGAUUGUUUCCUUUCCAGGCUCUCACUGUGAAUUUGGGCCUUGUGAGCCUGCAAACCCUUGUGAGAAUGGAGCUGAAUGCAGAGAAAAAAUGGAUCUGGAAGCAUUUCCCUUUGGAUUCCAGUGCCAGUGUGGGGAAGGCUUUGCAGUUGCUCGCUGUGAGAUCAAUGUCAAUGAGUGCAGUUCUAGCCCUUGCCUGAACGGAUACUGCUAUGACAUGGUGGAUGGUUAUUCCUGCCUGUGCAGUCCAGGCUAUGCUGGAGUGAGAUGUGAACAGGAUAUUGAUGAUUGCAUACUGAAUGCCUGUGAGCACAAUGCUACAUGCCAAGAUCUGCACCUUGGCUACCAGUGUGUGUGCCCAUCUGGUUGGGAAGGACAUUUCUGUGAACAAGAGUCCAGUCUCUGUAAAAUAAACCCUUGCGAGAACAAUUCCACUUGCACUGACCUUUACAACAACUAUCACUGUGACUGUACUUCUGGAUGGACUGGAAAAAAUUGCAGUGAAGAAAUAAAUGAAUGUGAUUCUGACCCAUGCAUGAACGGAGGUCUGUGUCAUGAAUCUGCCAUCCCUGGACAAUUUAUAUGUCUGUGCCCACCCUUUUAUAUGGGAUCAUUUUGCCAUCAACACUAUAGCCCCUGUGAUCUACUCAAUGAUCCUUGCAGAAAUAACUCAACGUGCUUGACUUUGGUAGAUGGAAAUCAUUAUUGUAUUUGCAAAGAAGGAUUUGUAGGUGACUACUGUGAAACUGACGUGAAUGAGUGCCUCUCCCAUCCCUGCCUGAAUGAGGGUCACUGCGAAGAUGGAGUCAGUGAUUUCAGGUGUGAUUGCAGGCCUGGAUUUUCUGGACAUCUAUGUGAAAUUGAAAUUAAUGAAUGUUCCUCUAGGCCUUGCAAAAAUAAUGGAACAUGUGUGGAUCUAGAAAACAGAUUUUUAUGUAAUUGUCAGCCUGGAUACCAUGGGUCCCUCUGUGAACUGAUUGGGAAUGAAUGUAAAACUCCAUUUUGUCUAGAUACCGAAAACUGUGUCAGCAAGACUGAUGAUCACAAAUGCCUCUGUGCCCCUGGUUACACAGGCAGUGAUUGUGAAGUAAAUAUAGAUGAAUGCCUAUCAGAGCCUUGUCUGCACAAUGGAGAUUGCAUUGACGGUGUUGAUCGUUACACCUGUGACUGCCAGAGUGGGUUCUUUGGGACACACUGUGAGACAAAUGCAAAUGAUUGCUUCUCAAAUCCCUGCCUACAUGGAAGGUGCAUAGAUCUCGUUAAUGCAUAUCAAUGCUUAUGUGAAGCAGAAUGGACUGGUACAAGAUGCGAGGUCAAGAUUACUGAUCGCACAUCAAUUCCUUGUGUAAAUGGAGGCUUCAGUCAGAAGACAGUGCACAGACUUACCUGCAUUUGCCCACUAGGAUAUACUGGUGAAUAUUGUGAACAAAGCAUUAGACAUGAAAUGAAUUUAGCCCUUUGUUUGAAUGGAGGGAUUCUCAUUGCUGGACCUGAACACACUUUUGAAUGCAGGUGCCUUCCUGGAUUUUCUGGUCGAUUUUGUGAAACUGAUGUAGAUGAGUGCUCUUCAUCACCAUGUCUAAAUGGUGCCAACUGUGAAGAUUACAUCAAUGGAUACAGUUGCAUAUGUGAACAAGGAUGGUGUGGCCAUCACUGUGACAAGAAACUACAUGAAUGCUUUCACACCUCCUGUACUCAUGGCGUGUGCAAAGGUGAAGCUGGCUCGCCGUACUUCUAUACAGCCAAAUUUGUGACUUCUUCUACUGGACUUCUUCAUGGUGAUGAAAAGAGUGGAGUUACCUGUCUACCUCCCAUUUCUCAAACAGCAGAUGUGUUUUUUACACUAAGGGAUAUAAUACACCCUUCUGAAGCUUCAGUCAAUAGUUUUCCAUCUAUAAGGCCUACAGGAAUCUGGACCAUGUUUGAUACUUAUCCAGUCCAUCAAGCUGUUUCCUCUUCUCCAUUUCUGAAUUUUGGUGUUCAUGAAGAAGCACGAAUUGUUCAGAGUGAAACAUCAGGAUCGCAUAGGCGCAUUCCAACUUCAGCAGCCAUGGCAGCAUUUGUUUUCCCCGGCAGGGGUGGUAGGACACCGUCUAUCGUCUCUUCUUUAAUGACAGAUUUUAUUUUUCCUACACAGUCUUUUCUACUUGAAAAACAUCUGACUACUGCCUUCUCUGCUAUCACAAUGAAUUCAGUAAUUAGUGACAUUCCUGGGGCUGAUACUGAGUUAAACAGAUACUCAUUACUCUCCCGCGGAUCCCCGCUCACCACUCCUGCCACAAGUGCACCUCCAAUUGUCUCUCGGGGAGCUCAAGAGGGUAUUGAAAAAUAUUCAGCUGCUUCUUUAAUUUCAAGAAUACAGCACUGGAGACUGCUGAUCUCCUCAAAGUCUGCCAUUCUUCCUGGUACAAUAAUUACAUCCAAACAGGUAGCCAUUUUAAACUCAUCAUCUCUGCACCGAUUCAGUUCACAAGCCAAUGAACAGCUCCGUAUUACUGAAGCAUGUAGCGACCAGAGACUCACAAACAUCAAAUCACAGGCUGCUGAUUCCUUAAGCGAAUUAAGGCAAACAUGUGCAACAUGUUCUAUGACUGAGACAAAAUCCUCUUAUGAAUUCUCAGAUCAAGUUUUGCAUAGAAAACAGUCUCAGUUUUAUGAGACAUUCUGGAUGAACUCAGCAAUAUUAGCCAGCUGGUAUACACACAUGGGAACUCAAACUAUCACUUCUGGGCAUUCAUUUUCUUCUCCUAUAGAAAUAACACCAUCAGUGGCACUCGCAGAACUGUCAUUUUUGUUUCCUUCCAAAAAGAGUGCAAAACGAACAGCUUUAUCCGCUUCCAUAGAAGAAGUCAUUACCCUAUCAGGCAAUUUGGAUGUUAAUUUAUGCUCGUAUAAGACAUGUUUAUCCAUUGUCCCUUCACAAACUGUCUCCUCAGACUUUAUGAAUUCUGAUUUGACUUCCAAACUAACCACUUAUGAUCUCUCAGUAUCAGAACACAUUUUGAAACUAUUGGAAACAAGACAAUAUGCUGGAGCUACGCUGCUCACUGAGAUAGUGAAUGAAAACAAUUCAUUGGACGCAGAAGAUGGCAGAUUAUCUCGUGAACUUUUCAAGCAUCACACAACUGAUAGUUCUUCAGAUUUUGAAUUAAACUUACAAACCAAUUCAGAUGUAACUUUAAAGAUCAAUUCAGAAAGUGUUUAUUUAAAGGACUUCAAGACUGAUCUGCUAGUGCAUACGGAAUUGGUAUCUGAUACUGCACAUGUGUUCUCUGAUGUUGUGUUUUAUGCAACUUCAGUGACUCAGUCCCUCCCAGCACAGACCUCUUUGCCCAUGUCUGUAAUUCAGCUAAAUAGACCAUCUUCUGUGGAUUAUCCAACCUUCACAUCUGAUUUAACAGAAGAGAGCAAGACUUCUGCAGAAUGGUCCAGAUGGGAACUGCAGCCUAGUAUGCAUAAUCAGCCGUCUCUUGUGGCAUACCAGAGUCUUCCCCAAACCAGGUCUCUUACUUUGCCUUCACUGGAGUCCAUUACAGCACCUCCCCAGCUGAUUGUUUCUGAUUUCAGUUGUGUUUGGUAUUAUGGAGAUUCCUACUUAAAAUUUCAGAAUGUGUUUUUAAAUCAGCAAAACAAUAUUUCCCUAGAAUUUCAAACCUUAAAGUCCUCAGGACUUCUUCUCUAUAUCAAGCAAGACUCAGAUUCAGUGGAUGCAUUUUUUACUCAACUAUAUAUUGAAAAUGGUACUUUAAAGUAUCUUUUCCGCUGUGCUGGUGAAUUGAAAUUGAAAAGCAUUAAUACCACCUUCAGAGUGGACAUUGGACAAAAGUAUACACUGCAUAUCAGGCAAAAUUUGGAUCCAUGUAAAGCUGAACUGACUAUUCUAGAGAAGAUUAUAAAACUAAAUGAAUCUAUCAAUUACUUAUCUGGAACUGCCCUGCCAGUAUCAGGAUCUGUCUUUAUUGGUGGAUCACCACGUAUUUAUGGAAAAGCUCAGAUUUUUGGACCAGUCUUAGUUGAGAAUUUCACUGGCUACAUAGAAGUUACAGAAUUCAAUAACUUGGGAUCUUUCAUUUCAUCCAUGGCAGUGGAAAAAUAUCACAUUGACAACUGCAGGUCCCAGGAUUCUGUUCUGUCUCCAGCCGCCUCCUUCACCAUACCUUCUGGUAUAAUGCAGGGGAAUGACUCCGAGUGGACUUCUUUAGGCCCCUCUCCUGCAGUGACAUCUGUCUGCCAAGAGAAAACAUGCCACAAUGGAGGCACUUGCAGGCCCAUCUUGCUCUCCAGUGGCGGCCCUUCAUUCCAGUGUGACUGUCCACUACGUUUCACAGGCCACUUCUGUGAAAAAGAUGCAGGUUUAUUUUUUCCAUAUUUCAAUGGAAAUUCAUAUUUGGAGCUGCCACUGUUUGCAAUCUUGGAUAAGUUGAAGUCUGUCCUGGGAAAGGAACAAAACAGAAUUGUUACCAUCCACUUGACUAUAAAAACAAGCACUUCAAAUGGAACCGUUCUCUACAGUACUGAGAGUAAUUUUGGGAAACUGUUUCUUCAUUUGUUCCUUGUGGAAGGAAGACCUACAGUUCAAUAUGGAUGUGGAAGCUCUCAAAAUAUCUUGACUAUUUCUGCUAAUUACACCAUUAACAAAAAUACAUUCAUCCCUAUCAUGAUACGCUACACAGUGCCAGUUGGCAACCCUUGUAUGAUUGAAUUGGCUGCAGAUGGAAAACUUCCAAUACAGAAGAAAAAAAUGAAGACAGCUUAUGCUCAGGGAUAUUUUGAAUCUAUGUUCCUUGGUAAUAUACCAGGAAAUGUUGAGGUCCCUCAGAGUGUGGGCCAUAUUUAUGGAUUCAAGGGUUGCAUUCGAGAACUUCGAGUAAACAACAAAGAAAUCUUCAUCAUUAGUGAAGCACGACAUUGGAAGAACAUUGAGAGCUGCUACAUCCCUUGGUGUAAUCAUCUGUGCCGUAACAAUGGCACCUGUAUCAGUGAUGGUGAAAACUGGUUUUGUGAGUGUCCAAGGCUGUAUUCUGGCAAGCUGUGCCAGUUUUCAAGUUGUGAGAACAACGCAUGUGGAAACGGCGCCACCUGUGUUCCAAAGUCUGGGACAGAUUUUGUCUGCCUCUGCCCGUAUGGGAAAUCUGGACCCCUUUGUACUGAUGCUAUUAAUAUCACUCAGCCAAGGUUCAGUGGCACAGAUGCCCUGGGAUACACUUCAUUCCUGGCUUAUUCAUGGAUUUCAGACAUCAGCUUCAAUUAUGAAUUCCGCUUGAAGUUUCAGCUGGCAAACAACCACUCAGCACUGCAAAAUAACCUGAUGUUUUUUACUGGACAGAAAGGCCAUGGGUUGGACGGAGAUGACUUCCUGGCAGUGGGCUUGCUUGAUGGCUGUGUGGUGUACAACUAUAACCUAGGUUCUGGUUUAGCAAGUGUCAAGAGUGAGCCCCUUGAUCUGAACCUUGAAAUCCACACUGUCUAUCUGGGCAGAUCCUUCAGGAAAGGCUGGCUAAAGGUAGAUGACCACAAAAAUAAGUCCAUUAUCUCCCCAGGAAGACUGGUUGGACUCAAUGUCUUUAGUGAGUUUUACGUAGGUGGCUACAGUGAAUACCUUCCAGACCUCUUACCAAAUGGAGCCUCUUUUAAAAAUGGCUUUCAAGGUUGCAUUUUCACUCUUCAAGUUCGUACUGAGAAGGAUAGCCAUCUCAGAGGACUGGGAAAUCCUGAGGGACACCCAUCUGCUGGACGCACUGUUGGCCAGUGUGAUGCAUCUCCUUGUCAUGUAAUGAAGUGUGGCAAUGGUGGGACAUGCAUAGAAGAUGGAGCUACUGCUUACUGCAAGUGUACUGCUAGGUGGAAAGGAACUUUCUGCAUGGACGCAGUUUCCACCUGUGAUCCUGAACAUGACCCCCCUCACCACUGUAGCAAAGGAGCAACAUGUGUUUCCUUACCUCAUGGAUACACCUGUUACUGUCCUCUGGGAACCACUGGAAUCUACUGUGAACAAGCUUUCUCUAUAAGUGACCCAUCUUUCAGAAGUGACAAAUUAUCAUGGAUGUCUUUUGCUUCCUUUCAUAUUCGAAAAACAACUCACAUUCAACUGCAAUUUCAGCCUCUUGCUACAGAUGGGAUCCUAUUUUACGUUGCACAACAUUUAAAAUCACAAUCAGGUGAUUUUCUAUGUCUCUCUUUAGUAAAGGGUUCUGUUCAACUUCGCUACAACCUUGGUGACAGAACUAUCAUUCUAGAAACUCCCCAAAAUGUAACUGCCAAUGGAAGCAUCUGGCAUGUGCUUAAAGCAGGAAGAGUUGGUGCAGAAGGCUACCUGGAUUUAAAUGGCAUAAUUGUAAGACAGACUGCUCUGGCAACAAUGGACUCCCUGGACACCAAUACAGACUUUUAUAUUGGAGGAGUGCCAUCUUUAAAUCUUGUAAACCCCAUGGCAACAGCAAAUGAACCUGUAGGUUUUAGAGGCUGUGUUCGAGAAGUUAUUAUAAAUAAUCAAGAAUUACAAUUAACUGAACUAGGAGCAAAAGAUGGCUCAAAUGUAGGUGACUGUGAUGGGACAGCCUGUGGAUACAAUAUUUGCAGAAACGGAGGAGAAUGUAUGGUUGGGUCGGAAGGUACUGUGAAAACAGAACUUCAUUUUCAACAGCAAAAUUUAUGGGUAACUCUUACAUUAAAUACAGUGAUCCAAAUUAUAAAGAAAGAAGCCUUCAGUUCACCACUGUAUCUUUAA